AUGAAUUCCGAUGAUCUCAUUUGGCAGUUAAUCAGCAAGUCCUUCUGCUCUUUUAUGGUAAAAACUAAAACUGGCAAAUUUUGUCGCAACGAAGAUAAUGUAACCGGCCUCUGUAAUCGUCACUCAUGUCCUCUGUCAAAUUCUCAGUACGCCACCAUCAAAGAACGGGAUGGUAUAAUCUACCUCUACGUAAAGGCUCCCGAACGCGUGCCUUACCCUAUCAAACAAUGGGAACGCAUAAAACUAAAGAAAAACGAGGAGCAAGCCAUUGAACAAAUAAACGAGCAUCUUCGCUAUUGGGAUCGGUGGAUCCGAACGCGUGUAAAACUACGUUUCCUUCGUACUCGCGAUUACCUUAAAAGGAUGCGUCGACUAGCUCUCUCGCGACAAAAGAAAAUAGAGACAAUAAACAGGAAAGUGGAGCGACGCGAGCUAAGGCGUGAAGAGAAAGCACUCCGCGUUGCCAAACUUUCGCGAACCGUGGAAAAGGAGCUCUUAGAACGUAUUAGAGUUGCAACGUCUUCGAAGGAGAUUUACAAUAUAGAUCAAUCGGCAUUUGAAAAGGCACUAGAAACCGAAGAGUUAGAUGUGCCAGAAGACGAAGAUGUGGAAGAAGAAGAAGAAGAGGAGGAGGAAGAAAUUGUCUACACGUCAGGAUCAGACCUAGAGGAGGAAGAGGAGAUUGAAGACUUUGCCGACGCUAUGCAAGUGGAUGAGGAGGAGCCAGCGCUUGUUACAGUUGAGGCAGGAACUUCGUCAUCGGAUAACAGGAAAGUGAGGAUUAGGUUUGAGAACGAUGAAGAAUCGUAA